AUGAGGAAUUUCAAUGGGGAUCUGAUGCUGAUGGAUCAUACCAUGGCUGCCAUUGAAGAUAUAUUAGGACAACAUGGAAACUACCAUAUUCGUGACAGGUUCAAGAGAUUUGACAACCGGUUCAUCAGGCCAUACCUAAUAAAGAACCAUCAGGGUGAAGAAAAGAUUCUAGAAACGUAUUCGAAGCUGGCAAUGAGAGAUGCUAUGGAGUACAUGCGCAGGAAUGCGUCCACGAUUGGAAACAUUUCUGGGACAGAGAGCAUGUCAGCAAUAUUCAAGAAUUUCACGGCAAGCAACCUCAAUGGCAGGUGCGCCCAAAGACUCUCCAACUGGUAA